CCCAGCUAAUGGAUAUCAGAGAUGUGAGAAGUGUUUGUACUCUUCGAGUACUCUGCAACGCCGAUGAGUACAGGGUUGUUGUUGUUGUUUUUUUAAACUCUCCCAUAUUAAACUACUGUAAUCCCUGUAUGCUCGGUUUUUCCUCUCGAACCUGAGUCAAUUUCGCCUGGAUCGGAACCGGCCAUGACCGUGGAGCAGAAUGUCCUGCAGCAGCACUCUCAGAAGCACCAGCAGACAUUACUGAACCAGCUGAGGGAAGUUACUGGAACUACAGAUGUUCAGCUGUUACAGCAGGCACUGCAGGUCAGUAACGGUGACCUAGCUGAGGCGGUGGCCUUUCUCACUGAGAAGAACACCAAGGUCCCGCAGCAAGAUGAAGCCACCUAUUACCAGACGGCCCAAAUCACCAAUGAUAGAUACAUCAGUGUGGGCAGCCAGGCUGACACAAAUGUAAUUGAUCUCACUGGAGAUGAUAAAGAUGACCUUCAGCGGGCCAUCGCUCUCAGUCUGGAGGAGUCAAACAGGGCCUUCAGGGAGACAGGCAUCACUGACGAAGAGCAGGCUAUCAGCAGAGUCCUGGAGGCUAGCAUUGCUGAGAACAAGGCCAGCCUGAAGCGCACGCACACAGAAGUAUGGAGCGAUUCACCCAACCCUCACGACAGGAAGAGGCAGGAGAACUGUCCCGUAGGGCUGAAGAACGUGGGGAACACGUGCUGGUUCAGUGCAGUUAUACAGUCUCUUUUUAACCUGCUGGAGUUCCAGAGGCUGGUGUUGCAUUAUUCGCCCCCUGCACGGAUGCAGGACUUGCCCCGCAAUCAGAAGGAGCACAGGAACCUGCCCUUCAUGCAGGAGCUGAGACACCUCUUUUCUUUGUUGGUGGGUUCCAAGCGAAAGUAUGUGGACCCGUCCAGGGCCGUGGAGAUCCUCAAGGAUGCCUUUAAGUCCAGUGAAUCUCAGCAGCAGGAUGUGAGUGAGUUCACCCAUAAACUCUUGGACUGGCUUGAGGACGCGUUUCAGAUAAAGGCAGAGGAGGACAGAGAGGGAGAGAAGCCAAAGAACCCGAUGGUUGACCUGUUUUAUGGCCGUUUUCUGGCAGUGGGUGUCCUGGAAGGAAAGAAAUUUGAGAACACUGAGAUGUUUGGACAGUACCCUCUGCAGGUGAACGGCUUCAAAGAUCUGCACGAGUGUUUAGAGGCAGCCAUGAUAGAGGGAGAAAUCGAGUCUUUGCAUUCUGCCGAGAACUCUGCCAAAUCAGGGCAAGAGCACUGGUUCACAGAACUCCCACCGGUUUUGACCUUUGAACUGUCUAGGUUCGAGUUUAAUCAAACCUUAGGCCGACCUGAGAAGAUUCACAACAAGCUAGAGUUUCCCUCCAUGCUGUACAUGGACAGGUACAUGGACAGGAACAGAGACAUCACACGGAUAAAACGAGAGGAGAUCAGAAGACUAAAGGAGCACCUGACCGUUCUCCAGCAGCGACUUGAGAGGUAUCUGAGCUAUGGCUCAGGGCCCAAGCGGUUUCCUCUGGCCGAUGUUCUUCAGUAUGCCAUGGAGUUUGCGUCCAGCAAGCCUGUGUGCACGUCGCCUUUGGAGGACGUUGAUACAACAGCACUACCUGGUGGCACGACUGCACAGCUGCCACCUCCAGCAAGCACAGGGGAGCAGCCGGAUACAUCUGUCCCAGCCGAGGGCUCCGGCUCUGGUUCACAGGCCCAGCAACAGCAACGGGUUUCGAUCCAUAAACCGUUCACUCAGUCUCGUGUGCCCCCAGAUCUACCCAUGCACCCCGCCCCACGGCACAUCACAGAGGAGGAGCUGCGGGUGCUGGAGGGCUGUCUGCACCGCUGGAGGAGCGAGGUGGAGAACGACACCAGGGAUCUGCAGGCCAGUAUAUCUAGAAUCCACAGAACCAUCGAGCUUAUGUAUUCUGACAAGUCCAUGAUGCAGGUGCCGUACCGGCUGCAUGCUGUUUUGGUCCACGAAGGUCAGGCUAACGCAGGUCACUACUGGGCAUACAUCUUCGACCCACAUCAACAGCAAUGGAUGAAAUACAAUGACAUUUCGGUGACAAAGUCAUCCUGGGAGGAGCUGGUGCGAGACUCAUUCGGUGGAUAUCGCAAUGCCAGCGCAUACUGCCUCAUGUACAUUGAUGAUAAAAAGCCCUUCCUUAUUGAAGAGGAGUUUGAUAAAGAGACAGGGCAGAUGCUCAGCGGCUUGGACAAGCUCCCUCCUGAUCUAAAGGAGUAUGUGGAGGCAGAUAACAAGCUCUUUGUGAGAGAGAUGGAGGAGUGGGACGCUCUUCAAGCGCGCAAACUCCAGCAGGAGAAACUGGCUCUGGCCGCCGCCAGUGUGGCCGCCCAACCUAUGAGCACUGAACCCUGCCCUCCAGACAACACAGCUCCCUCAACAGCCUCACAGCAUGACCUAGAGUACAUGGAGCAGCAGUCGCCCACCGGAGACUCCAAACACCUGCAGGAAGACACAGAGAGAGCCAUCAGCAAAGCUGCAGCUGAGCAUGAUGAGAAGAGUCCAGAGGCCCUGCUCAACACAUGUCAGUCAUCACAUCCCGACAGCGAGGUGACCUCUGACCCCUGUCCUCCCCUUGACCCUGAGCAGGACGACUCCGCCUCCUCUCCGCCCGCACCUCAGCGGGUGGUGGAGGUGGCCAUUCCUAAUGUAGGAACCUUUGUCAUUCAGUCGAAGGAGGGAGGUUAUGAUGAUGAGGCGAUGAUGACCCCAAACAUGCAGGGUGUCAUAAUGGCCAUUGGCAAAUCCAGGAGUGUUUAUGACAAGUGUGGGCCUGAAGCAGCGUUCUUUAAGGCAAUGAAAGUAGAGUACACUCGCUUACUGAGGUUUGCUCAGGAGGACACGCCCCCUGAGAGAGACUACCGACUGCAGCAUGUCAUUGUUUACUUCAUUCACAACCAGGCACCCAAAAAGAUUGUGGAGAGAACUCUGCUCAUGCAGUUUGCCGACAGAAACCUUGGCUUUGAUGAGAGGUGUAAGAGCAUCAUGAAGGUGGCACGUGCUAAACUGGAGCUCAUUAAGCCUGACGAGGUGAACAUGGAGGAAUACGAGAUGUGGCAUCAGGAUUACAGGAAAUUCCGUGGCACGACAGUGUUUCUGUUAAUCGGCCUGGAAUUAUUCCUAAAGAAAAGUUACGUGGAAGCAUUGAUGUACCUGAUCUUCGCCUACCAGUACAACAAAGAGCUCCUGGCAAAAGGGCCAUACAGAGGACACGAUGAGGAGCUGAUCGCCCAUUACCGCAGAGAGUGCCUGCUAAAGUUGAACGAACACGCGACUGUCCUCUUUGAGACAGGCGAGGAGACUGAAGUGAAUGCGGGUCUGAACAUCAUGAAUGAGCUGGUGGUGGCCUGUAUUCCACUGCUGCUGGUGGAUGAGAUGGAGGAGAAAGACAUGGUGGCUGUCGAAGACAUGAGGAACCGAUGGUGCUCGUACCUGGGCCAGGAAAUGGAGCCCUGAAAUGAAAACGGACACAGUUUUUGUUU